AUGUUUGCCCCUGAUGACUACCUCCGUAACACAGAGCAACCCAGUCUAUUCUGGAGGGCCGCCUCAUACCAGACGAUCCUGGUUGUCGCAACUCUGUCGCGUUUCUUCCUCUAUGGCCUGAACAAAACAGAGGUUCACGGCCUGCCUCGAUUCCUCGAACUCUUGAAGGCGCGUUCAGACUACAAGACGCGUUGCAGAGGGCUGUUGACCGUCUCCAACCACAUUUCCGUCCUGGAUGAUCCCCUCAUAUGGGGGGUCCUCCCCCUUUCUUUCGCCGCCUUCCACGGCUACAUGAACCACCGCUGGAGCUUCGGCAGCUAUGACAUUUGCUUCAAAAAUACUCCUCUGUCACAUUUCUUCACUCUCGGCCAGGUCCUCCCAAUCCACCGACUGGCGCAUUCACCGUUUGGAGGUCCGUUCCAGUCGACCAUGAUGGAAGGCGUCAGGCUCUUCUCCAAGAUCAAUAGUCGCCAAAACUCGCUUUGCCCAUUUAAUAGACCCCAAUGGAACGAAAACUACCGUAAACCCAGCUGGCCGCGGGAUUGUAUCGACCCAUUUUCCGAAAUCGACCCCUCACCGUGCUACACGUCCAGUGCCAGUGAUGUGCGAUGGUACCAUUCCCCUUCUCGGUACGCGAGCAAUGCAUAUUCGUGGAUCCACAUCUUUCCCGAAGGAAUGAUUCACCAAGCCUCGAACCAAACAAUGCGGUAUUUCAAAUGGGGCGUGGCUCGACUGAUCCUCGAGCCCACCGAAUGUCCGGACGUCGUGCCGCUGUUCAUCGAAGGCACCGAUCAGGUAAUGCACGAAAGCCGUUCGUUCCCUCGCUUCAUCCCGCGCAUAGGCAAGGAGAUCACAGUGACAUUUGGCAAGGAGCUCGACGUGGAAGCUGUGUUUGGGGACCUACGGAAACGAUGGCGCGAGCUUUGUGACGAGGACGCCAAAUCUUCCGGCAUGGAUAAAUGGGACGAGCACCACUUGGGCCUCGUGCCCGAGAACCUCGCCAGUCACCCUGAGGCGAUUCAGUUGCGAAUCGAAUGCACCAAACGCGUCAGAGAUGCUGUACUCGAAGUCCGUCGUUCCCGUGGUCUUCCGGACGAGGAUCCCAAGUCGGGCCUGGUCGACACCUGGAGGCGAGAGGGUCCGAAGCGGGAAGGAAAAAUGGACGACGGCACUUGGGUCAAGGAUGGCUAG